ACUAGCUUCUAUAUGAAGUUGUUUGAGGGUGGUGAGUUGGACCGUAAAGUUAUGGAGAAAGCUGGUUGUCAAAACUAUUCCCACACCCCAUGGGAAUCAGAGAAAUGUGAUGUCUAUGAAAGGCAAACUUAUUACAAAUUUGACAAGUGUAUUUCCCGUUACAGAGGAGAGACAAGAAGUUCUCAGCAAAGAAGCCCCCUUUCUGAUAGAAAUGGAUGGAUUAUUGAAGAGGUCAUGACUCUCCAUGGAGUUCCUCUUGGUGACUAUUUCAAUCUUCACAUAAGAUACCAAGUAGAGGAUUUGCCUUCAAAAUCAAAGCAAUGUCAACUAAAAGUAUAUUUUGGAAUUGUCUGGCUCAAAAGCACUAGGAAUUAG